CAAACGGUAUUUUGGAGAUCUACUAUUCUUUCGGGAAGAAAGCAAGAAACAAAACAAACGAAACAAGAAAAAAGAGAAAAAUCGGAAAAAAAGAAAGAAAGAAAGAAAGAAAGAAAAAUGGGUGCAAUUACGAAGCUAAUUGACGCAAUACUCUUUCUAUUCUUUGUCGUAAUCGCGGUGGCAGCGCCGUUGAUAGACGCGCAGACAUGUCUCCCUUUGAACCUGUUCCCUGACAUGUUGAUCGAUCUAAAGAAAUGGUACAGUAAUGAGUACGGAGACUAUCUGGUCUCGGAGAAGCCUCAUUUCUUUGUUGGAGUUGUUUGGAUCGAGCUUCUAUUUCAAUGGCCUCUGGCGCUUUUCAAUUUGUACGGAAUUCUAGCUUCUAAGCCUUGGUUCAACACCACUUGCUUGAUCUAUGGCGCUUCUGUAUUCACUUCCAUGGGUGCUAUAAUGGCGGAGCUGAUGGGUUCAGGGAAGGCGACGGAGAGAUUGAUGAUGGUUUAUGCACCAUUUAUGGGUUUAGGAAUAUUAGCCAUUCUGCGUGGGCUUAUGCCAAACAGUAGUGCUUCUAUUGUCCUAGGAAAGAGAGCUACUCCAUUGCCCAGGAAAAAGAGAGCUUAGACACCAUUUUACCAUAUUUAGAGUUUCUUUUGUUUUUUCUUUUUGGAUUGACUGUAUUGAGAUGAAUUCUUGUUAUGAAAUUGUUAAUUUUGAUUAUUA